AUGGGGAAAAGAAGACCCAAGCAUGAGAGUGAAGGUUCUGAAUUACCUGAGACUGAUUCUGAUGCCAAUUUGAUAUUGAAAACAAAAGUGGAUGAGACUGUGGAUAUGGAAAAUUCAAACAACAUAGAUAUAGAGAACACUGAUCUACCGGUAAAAGAUUUGAAGUCUUCAGUGGAAGAAGAUCCAAUUGACAAGAAUAUAACAGAUCUGGUAUUGGACAAAACUGAAUUCAACGGUUCACAUGAAGAAACGGAGGUACAAGAUACAUCUUCAAUCAAUAUUGAUAUCGAUAAUGCCGCCAAUACAGAAGCUAAUACAUCUUCUACUAGCCCUACUCAAGAACUAGUAGAAGCGGCACCAGUCACCAAGAAAAGAUUAACAUUACAAGAAAGAUUGGCAUUGGCAGCAAAGGGGAAGAAAUCGAAAUCGAAACCUAUAUCAAGUCCGAAUGUUGAUAAUUCAAUUGUUUCUUCUCCAAAUUCGUUAACCCCUUCAACUAGCAAUGAUCGUGAUACCUUGGACAAACAACUUGAUGUAUCUGGAACUGAUCAGAUAAUAAAUAAUGAGACAGAAAUAAAGGAUGAUGUACAUCAAUUGAAGGAUCAGAUAGAAAAAUUACAAGCCAGUAAUUCUUACUUACUGAAUCAAGUCAAAAGUUUGUCAAAACAAAGAACUACUGUUUUUGAUUCAAAUGCCUUGUCAUCUUUUGAAAAGGAGAAGCAAGAAUUGAUUGCAAAAGUUGAAGCUAAAGAUGAGACUAUCAAGCAAUUACUUCUGGAAGGUGAAGCUUUAUCAGUUAAGGAGCUUAAAUUGAAUGAAACAAUUAAAAAAUUGAAAAGUUCUAAUGCAGAUUUAGAGACUAGUUUGUUGGCGUAUUCAGAAAAGAAUGAAGAAAGCUCAUUGGCAUUAGGAGAAAUGGAAGACUUUUUAAAAGUCCAUAGAUUCAACUCUGUAUCUCACUUAAUGGAGCAGCAUGUUAAAAUGUCCCAGAAGUUAGAAGAGGUACAGUCAGAUCUUGAGAAAGAAUUAGGUAUGAAAUGGGAAGCAAAGUAUAGGGAACAACAAAUACUAUAUGAAGAGCAACUUUCAUCAAAAAAACAGUCUAUAAAGGAUUUUAAUGAGUUAAAGAUACAGCAUGAUAUGUAUAAAAGGCAACAUGAACUAGAGUUAGAUAGUAAGGAUGCUUUGAUUUCUGAUCUUAAAAAUGAAAUUGCUAACCUAAAGAGUAAUAAUAAUAAAGAGGUAGCUCGUUUGGAGUAUAAAAUUGAGUUGUUAAGAAUAGAGAAUGAAACAUCGCAGAAUGGUCAAUCAGACAGCAAUCAGAAAUCUAAAGGAGAUUCACAACAUCAACAUGAUUCGGAAAGAAUAAACCAAAAGUCAAUUGACUACGAUGAGUUUGUUACCUUGUCCCAAACGCAUCAUCAAUUACAGCAACAAUUCUUGGCUUCUCAAGAAAAUUGGAAGGUUAUAGAAUCCAAUCUUCUAAGCAAAAUUGAUAAUUUGGCAACAACCGUUGAUUCACUUCAACGUUCUAAGCAAAAAUUAACGCAUGAAUUGAAAAGAUCGACAAAUACUUUGACUAAGAAAGAAGAAGAUUAUGUUAAUAUUCAAAAUACUUAUAAAUCGGCAUUAAACGACAAGGAAGAAAUAGAAUUUGCAUUGCAGAUGAAAGAAAACGAAUUAGGUGAUUUACAUGACAAGCUUGAAAAGCUUAAAGACGUUUAUAAUAAUGAUAGAGUGAACUUAACAGCAAAGAUAAAAUCCUUAACUGAUUCACUUGAAAAAUCAGCUGCACCAGUUACUUCUGAUCUUCUGUUGGGCUUGAGUCAAAGAAGAUUUAAUGGUAGUGGUUUAAAUAUAAAUAUAGAGCAAGCUUCAAAGACUCCAAAUUUCAGAUCCAAUUCAUCUCAGAGUAUUCCAGAUACGGCCUAUGGUUCAAAUUGGCAAGACAUUAAAUUUGGUGAAUCUUCUACAACCCCAGCAAUUCCAAAAGAUUUUGCAUUCAAUAACAAUUCAGAUACGUCCUUGGAUGAAAGUUUUGAUAAUAUCAAUGAGGAUAACUAUUCGAUAGGAUCAAGGUAUGCUAGUCAAGUAUUACAUUCGAAUAAUAGUAACAUUGUACAGGGAAGUAUUUCUAGUACUAUACCUGCAGGCAAUGGUGGUGGAAAUAUACAAUUAAUAAAUAAAAUGAGUUCAAAUAUUAGACGUCUAGAGAUUGAAUUGAAUACAUUAAGAGAAGAAAACAAUCUGUUGAUAAUAGAAAAAGAAAAGACAGAACAAGAUAUCCUAGGAGGAUUCAAAUUGCAUGAAGAAUUAGAAGCAUUGAAUACCAAGAUCCAAACUUUAGAAACAGAACUCGAUUCGAAGAGCAAGAAAGAACAAACUAUGCUUGAGGUGAUUGGAGAAAAAUCUGAACAAGUGGAAGAGUUAAAGGCUGAUGUUCAAGAUUUAAAGGAGCUCUGUAAAUUACAAAUUCAACAGUUAAUUGAAUUUCAAGAUGCUAAAUAG